AUGACGACGAUCGAACAGUGCAGGACAAGAGCUGUGAACAACGCGGGGGUGUCGUUCAACGAGAUCAACAGCAACUCGGUGCAGCACGCGGAGACGGUGCUCCGGACCAACUUCUACGGGGCCAAGAUGCUCACCGAGGCGCUCCUGCCGCUGUUCCGCCGGGCACCCACCACCAGCCGCAUCCUUAACAUCAGCUCCCAGCUCGGCCUCCUCAACAAGCUCAAGGACCCGUCGCUGCGGCGCAUGCUCCUGGACGAGGCGGCGCUGACGGAGCGCGACAUCGAGGCCAUGGUGUCGCGGUUCCUGGCGGAGGUCCGGGACGGCACUUGGCGUGGGCGCGGGUGGCCGGAGGUGUGGACGGACUACGCGGUGUCCAAGCUGGCGCUCAACGCCUACUCCCGCCUGCUGGCGGCGCGCCUGGCCGGGGAGCGGGUGAGCGUCAACUGCUUCUGCCCCGGGUUCACGCGCACGGACAUGACCCGGGGCAUCGGCAAGCGCACCGCCGAGGAGGCCGGCCUUGUCGCCGCGGGGCUCGCUCUGCUGCCGCCCCGCGACAUGCCCACGGGCAAGUUCUUCAGGUGGCGCACGCCGCAGCUUUACUCCAAGCUGUGACACGACGCGACGCGACGGCAGCGCGCGUGCGUCUCACGAGGCCUGGGGCGUGACCGCGUGGGGUGGGUGGCUUUGGCUUGGCUGACUGCACCGCACCGGCGUGCAGGUGGUGUGGGUGGCGGCUUGGUUAGGUUUUGGGCGACGUUGCCAUGCAGUUAAUCUAUAUGUACGUGAUGUUACAGUGAAUUUGCGUAACAGCA